AUGCACGACUCCAAUGCUAGUCCUGCGCCGCAGAACAAACGCCCUCGUGUGGCCGAAGAGAAUCGCAAACGGGCCGUUAGAGCAUGUGACGGUUGCCGCAGAGUGAAAGAGAAAUGCGAAGGGGGUGUACCUUGUCGGCGAUGUCUUCGCUAUAGUAGACCGUGCAAUUUCACACUUAUCGAUCCCAAUGACAAGCACCGAUCAGCAGCAACUCCAUUGCUGGAACAAGCAGCCUCGGCCAAACAGCAUGAAAUUGCGGAAGGAGAACGAGUCCGUUAUAUGGAGCGUCUUCUCUCCUACUAUGUCCCGAACAUUACAUUUGAUAUUCAGUCGUUGCGACAGGCUGCGGAGGAGCUAAAGAGCAAACACCGUGACUCCGAAUCGGACGUAUAUUCCACCACCAAAAUUGAUGCCAAUGAACUGGAUGAUUUGGCAAUUGACGAGGAGGAUUUUAUAAUAAAUCCUCUCCCGAAUAAUUCAGCUCAGUACUCGGGAGAAUUCUCAUACCUCAAUUUUUCCAGGAAGAUCCGAACGAAGAUAGAUGAAUGGAUGAAGACUGCAGCACCGGAGGACGAGAUUGAGCCUUUUGAAGAUCGAUGGCGAGCCACACAAUUGCAGUCAGGAUCAAAUUCUAUUUCAUCUUCGAUUGCUUGCCUUCCUCCACGAUAUGUCGCUGAAUUUCUCGUCCAAAUAUUCUUCAAAUAUGCGCAGACCAAUAAUUACUAUGUCGAAGAAGAAUGGCUCUGUGGGAAGCUCACCUUGUGUUACACCAAUCCGUCCAGUUUAUCAUCUGACGAUGCAGGAGCUGUCUGUUCAAUUCUCAUGGUAUUAGCUGUGGGUACACAAUUUGCACAUAUGGAGUCGCCCACACCAGUGAAUCGCCUACCACUGGACUCGGCGGCCAACCAGGAUCAUCACUUUUCAGAGGACGAAGUUGGCUUGACGUUUUAUCAGUAUGCAUCAAAGCUUCUACCUGAUCUUAUAGCCACUGCUUCUGUUCGCAGUGUACAGGCUUGCUUGUUGAUCGGGACCUACCUGCUCCCUCUUGACACUUCCGGGCUAUGUUAUACAUAUUUCGGCCUAGCACUCAAGUUAGCUGUUCAAAAUGGAAUGCAUCGGCGUUAUCAUGGUGAAGGUCUCUCUCCCCGAACAGUGGAAGCACGAAACCGCGUCUUCUGGACCGCCUAUACGAUCGAACAACGAAUAAGCAUUUUGCACGGUAUACCAGCUUCAUUGUCAAGUUCUGAUGUUGAUGCACCUCUCCCAGUUGAAUUCCCUGGGUUGAUACUAGCGACUCAGCCUUCAAAUCAUACGAAUAUGGUGGCAUUGAUCACUCUAACGCUAAAGCUUGGGGAAGUUUCCAACGAAAUCUCCUCACUACGAACUUGCCGCAAGGGCCAACAACAAGAUUGUCUUGAACGUUUGCUCAAUAUUCGCAAGAACUUGAUUGAAUGGUGGUCCACAUUACCAGAUGAAACAAGCUGUCGAGAUCUUAAUCCGAGUGGUCCCUUGUUUCGUUCUAACGUACACUUGAAACUCGACUACUGCUUGACUAGGAUCUUUGUUGGUCGCCCAUUCCUCUUCAGCAAUAUCAAGGGCCUCCAACAACCUCUCAAGAGCUCAUCUGUAGUUUCCAAAGUUCGAACAGCUUUAGUCAAAGACUGUGUGGAUGCAGCCCUGGAGAUUAUUGAUCUUUGCCGCCUCCUUCGCGAUGAGACUGGUCUUGCCAGAGCGUCAUUUACCGAGUUCAGUUCAUGCCGCGCAGCACUUCUGGUCAUCCUUGCUCAAGGGCUAACUAAGCGCACUGAACGCCUUGGUGCAGCCCUUGAGCAGGGUAUUUCCCUAAUUAAGAUCAUGUCAAUGGGUGUUGGAUCUGCACGCUCAGCUGUCAGCGUCAUCGAGGCACUCGAACGUGCUAUCCGCCGAUUGGAACUCUGGAGCGAGUCACAAGAAUCUGAUAGUAAUGAAGGUUUCACGGAGUCAGCUUAUGACCGCUUUAAAAACUGGGAGAUGCUUUGGAAGACUGGACCCAUUUCACCAGCAACCAUCGCAUUGAAGCAGCAAGAAGCUCAUACAGCUAACGAUGCAGGUGCUCCCCAAGAUGCCAAUUCUCGUGCUUCUACAAUCCCUCCAUCCACCAAUAGUGGUCUCCCCCCAAUGCUCAUUAAUUCCUCGGCGACUUCCGCGCUAAAUCACAUGAAAAUACACGGCUCCGGCACAGUUCUUGAUGAAGACGAGGAAGAACACUUUGAAGGUCAUGUUCCCGAUAAUUUUUCUUCCUUGCAGCCCCUCUCCCAAGUGGGUCAUUUUGGCUUCGAUCACUUCGUCUCCAAUUUCCCUCAGGAACUUGGAGAGUUUACCGCUAUUCCAUGCUUUGAUUCUGAUGCCCAGGGCCUCUCUGGCCUAGAGCUGAAUACUCCCACCGGUAGUGCUGAUUCAAAUUGGCUGCAGUUUAUGAAUGAGUGA